AUGAGUAGCUCUAAGCAUUCAGCACCUGCUGAAAAGCGAUCGAAAGAAUCUGAGGGAGAUGAUUCAGACAGCGAGGAGGAAUUUCACGACGCGCGCUUCCCGGCAGAGGAAGAAGCAGAGCUUCUGAAACAGUCGAAGGAAAUUAAAUUGGAAGCGAACCAACUAUUCAGCUCUGCAUGCUACGAUCAGGCAAUCUCUUGCUAUGACCGGGCUCUUGCUUCGUGCCCAAAUUACCUCGAUUACGAUGUCGCUGUUCUCCGAAGCAACAUCUCUGCUUGCUAUCUGAAAUUGGAGGAUUGGAAAGCCGCAGUUGAUUCUGCCACUCUUUCCCUUGACCGACUUGAUAAAAUUAUACCCCCAACCACUCACAAAAAUAAAGACGAGAGCGACGCGAGCCCGAACAAAGAAAAGGAUGCUGUGGUCGAGAUCUCUGGGGAUGACGAAGAGGCAGAAGAGAUCCAACUCAAACGUCUAAAGGAACAAGAUGAACAACGCAGCAAUGUCAUGCGAAUCCGGGCCAAGGCUCUUAUGCGUCGUGCCAAGGCAAAAUCACAGUUGGGAGGAUGGGCUAGCUUAUCAGGUGCGGCGGAAGACUACCAAGCUCUUUCUAAAAUGGAAAAUCUACCCAAAGAUGAUAGACGGAUUGUGCAGCGAGCCCUCCAGGACCUGCCCAGUCGGAUCGAAAAGGCACGAGAAAACGAGAUGGGGGAGAUGAUGUCGAAGAUGAAGGAUCUGGGCAAUGGCAUCUUAAAGCCCUUUGGAUUGUCUACAGAUAACUUCAACUUUGUUCAAGACCCCAAGACCGGUGGCUACUCUAUGAAUUUUCAACAAUGA